AUGGGGCAACUCCACGGCGCGACACUACUGCCGUUCGGAGCUCUCUUCUCUGUUUUCCUGUGGGAGACGGGGGCCAGCUCGAUCAGGACGACGUUUGGAGUGGACACCUCUGGGAAAGCGUGCCCGGAAAACAGGAUCUUAACAGUGGAGUAUUCCUGUGUCAGAGCUGGGGGGAAGAACAGCACCUGUUUCAGGAGGAAAUGUUGCGAGGGCUUCAGGUUUGUGAUGGGCCAGUGCAUACCUGAAAAUGUAGAUGUGUGUGCUGGAUCGCCCUGUGAGCAGCAGUGUACCGACAACUUUGGGCGGGUCAUCUGCACUUGUUAUCCCGGUUACCGUUUUGACAGGGAGAGACACCGCAACCACAAGUCUCCUUACUGUCUGGACAUUGAUGAGUGUGAGCAGUCCAGCAGCAGUGUGUGUGACCAUGAGUGUGUGAACACACCGGGAAGCUUCCAGUGCCGUUGUCAUAGUGGUUAUAUCCUAGCACCAGACCAGCGCUCCUGCAUCCCCAGACACAACUUGAGUUCAUCGGGGAAGUUGAAUACCCUGAUGAGCGCUGGCUCCUGCUCCUUCACCUGUCAGGACUUCGUUAACAUGAAGAGCAGCCUGCUGCAGCUCAAACUACGGCUGCAGUCGCCCAACCUGAUGCCUGGACUAGCCAACAGCAGUGAUAAGCCAUCUCAAGGGAGGGCAGGGAAAGGUGCUGACAGUUCAUCUCUUCGUGGUCUCCCAGGCCCUUCAGGAGCCCCUGGGGUCCCAGGACACCCGGGGCAGCCGGGGGAGCGAGGGGAGCCAGGGGUGAGGGGCCCACCGGGUCCUCAAGGACCACGAGGGGACAUGGGGCCCAUGGGACCGGAACCUGACCUGAGGCACAUCAAAAGAGGCCGCAGGGGGGCAGUGGGACCUCCAGGGGCACCAGGAAGAGAUGGACUUAAGGGAGAAAGAGGAGCGCCCGGUCCCAGAGGUCCACCUGGACCACCUGGCUCCUUCGACUUCCUCUUGAUCAUGAUGGCCGAAUUUCGCAAUGACAUCAUCGAACUGCAGGAGAAGGUGUUUGGGGAGAAACAGGGCAGCUCUCUGGACAGCCCACCCCAGUCCAGUGGAGGGGCGAACUGGGGCUCUGGACAAGGAGAGCUCAUGCACAAUACCUGA